AUGCCCUACUCUGAGACGACGCCUCUGCUCGAGGUUUCGGUGGCCCCGCGGCGGCCACGUUACCCGCAUCAUGCUCUCCGCCGUACAUGUACAUACCUGUUGGGCUCGCUGCUCAUCAUUGUCGUCAUUCUGUUUUUAAUCCCUUCGGCCAUCCUACCGCGAGAGCACAGUUCCAUAUGGUGCUAUCUGCCAUGGGCUCGGCCAUUCCCUCACGCGGCCUGGCCCCAAGGAAAUGGGCUACCGUACGAUCAGCUCCAGCAAGUCCUCGUCAAUACUCCUUCUGCAGAGAACGUGCGCGCUUGGAGCCAGUACUAUACUGCUGGUCCGCACUUGGCAGGCAAGAACCUGAGCCAGGCGCUCUGGACCAUGGAACAGUGGAAGAAGUUCGGAGUGGAGGAUACAUCCCUUGCGUCCUACGAUAUCUAUCUGAAUUACCCACUGGAACACCGACUGGCCCUCCUCAAGAAGUCUGGCGAUGAGACUGAGGUGACCUUCGAGGCCACCCUCGAGGAGGAUGUGCUGGAGGAAGAUCCCACAUCGUCCUUGCCCGACCGAGUCCCGGUAUUCCAUGGGUACUCGGCGAGCGGCAAUGUGACCGCCCAGUUUGUGUAUGCCAACUAUGGAACGUACGCAGACUUUGAGGACUUACUGAACGCCAACGUCACCUUGGAGGGCAGGAUCGCCUUGGUCAAGUAUGGUCGCAUUUUCCGUGGCCUCAAAGUGAAGCGCGCUCAGGAACUUGGAAUGGUCGGGGUGGUCAUCUAUAGUGAUCCUCAAGAUGACGGGGAAUACACGGAAGAGAACGGCUAUGCAGCAUAUCCUGACGGGCCAGCACGCAACCCGAGUAUCGCUCCUGGUGACCCUACCACCCCCGGAUACCCGUCCAAGCCUGGCUGCGAGCGACAGGAUCCCCACAAUUCGAUCCCCUCCAUUCCCUCUCUUCCAGUGUCUUAUCAAGAGGCUCUGCCCUUCCUCAAGGCUCUGAAUGGUCAUGGUCCCAAAGCCUCAGAUUUCAACAAAUGGUGGCAGGGUGGUGGCCUUUAUUACAAGGGCGUCGAGUACAACAUUGGACCAUCGCCCGAGGAUGUGGUCAUCAACCUUCAUAACCUUCAGGAGUAUGUGACUACUCCACUGUGGAAUGUUAUCGGUGUCAUCAAAGGGACUAUUCCGGACGAGGUCGUCAUCCUCGGUAAUCAUCGCGAUGCAUGGGUUGCCGGUGGUGCCGGAGACCCUAACAGCGGCUCAGCCGCCCUUAACGAGGUCAUUCGCAGCUUUGGCGAGGCCUCCAAGGCUGGAUGGAAGCCUCUUCGCACAAUCGUCUUCGCCAGCUGGGACGGUGAGGAGUAUGGCCUAUUGGGCUCUACCGAAUGGGUCGAGGAGAACCUUCCCUGGUUAUCGAGGGCUAAUGUCGCCUAUUUGAAUGUGGAUGUGGCUGCUACUGGAACUUCAUUCGAACCUCGCGCCGCUCCUCUACUGAACAACGUGAUACACGAGGUCACGGGCCUUGUGCUGCACCCUAACCAAACUGUCCCAGGCCAGACAGUUCGGGAUGUCUGGGAUGGUCGGAUUGCCACAAUGGGUAGUGGCAGUGAUUUCACUGCCUUCCAAGACUUCGCUGGUAUCGCCAGCCUCGAUUUUGGGUUCGGUCCAGGGAAGAACGACCCAGUUUAUCACUACCACUCCAACUACGACAGCUUCGCGUGGAUGGAAAAAUUCGGCGACCGGGACUGGUCGUAUCACGUUGCAUGCACGAAGCUCUGGGCCCUGGCGGCUGCCCGGCUCGUUGAAUCACCCGUGAUUGCAUUCAGUGCUGCCGAUUAUGCAGCGGGGCUGGACUCGUAUCUGCAGCAAGUCAAACCCUCCACAGCAAAACUUCCGAAGGACCAGCACUUUAACUUUGAUCAUCUGGACCGGGCGAUUGUGGACUUCCAUGAGGCCGCGGCCAAGUUUGAUGCCUAUGCAAAUAGCUUGAGCAAGAAACUGGAUGAACAUGUCCCCUGGUACCACUGGUGGAAGAAGGUCCGACUGUACUUCCAGAUCCGCGUUGUCAACGACAAAUACAAGGGUCUCGAGCGUGCAUUCCUCUACGAGGCUGGUCUUGACGGACGAGACUGGUACAAACAUGUCGUGUUCGCACCGGGUAUUUGGACUGGAUACUCUGGGGCUACUUACCCCGGACUGGUGGAGAGCCUGGACGCUGGUGAUGUGGAGAAUGCCAAGGUGAGUUGA